GAAUUUCGUCUGCUUGAGAAAAGAGUUAACAGUGUAAAUUACGGCAUUUACCGGAUAUUCUUAUCACAUACUUAUGUGCCAAGACAGGAAAGAGGAGAGGCCUUUUCGAUGGCCAGCUACCUUGGGGGGUCCUCAGGCACCCCAGAAGUCUGAGAGUCUCGUGUGCACCGGAAUCCAAGCUGUCUAUGAGACACGUUAUAAAGUUUGCCCAGAUGACACUCCCGGGUUCUCUGAAUGGUUGGCCUUCUUAAGGUAUAGCUAUGACAGAGGUCAAUCGGCAGAAAGCCAACAUAGCCUCAUUUGCCAGCUCGGGGAAGGUACCUAUGAGAUUCUGACUCUUCGCAAGACCGCAGCUAAGAUCAGUCUUUGGUUGGAGGCCGUUCCAGAAAUGGCGACAUCAGCCUUUGAUAGGAUGCACCAGUUGGUGGGGCGAAAACCGUCGGACUCGUGCCUUUACGAUGACUGCGCAGCUGCAUCAAGACUGGAAGAUUCACUGAUCGGGCUGUACGAUAAUAUUUGGGACGACGAAGAGUUCGUUGAUUUCGAUGAACCCUGCAAUUGUGGUGUCUCCGAAGACAACGACAACAUGGACAAGGUCAUGAUCUACACGAUACUCGGGUGUGUUGUCUGUUUGUUGUUGGCAGGUUCUUGCCUUGUCUACUACCUAAGAAAGCCACAUCCCAAAGUUGUAGCUAUGCCAGAACUGGUGGUUUGGACAUCGCUAACUUGUGCAGUUAAGUCAAACUUCAAAGCCCUGAAGUUGAUGCGAGCUAACGCCAAUGUUAAUUCCUUCCUGAUGUUGUGUAGAAAGACGAACAAACGAGUUUAUAUGAAGUGUCUUAGGUCAGACUGCAGCCGUGUGGCCCGAAAAAGGCUUAUAUCCGAGGUUCGGGCACUAAAGUGCUUGAAGCACUCAAAUGUAGUCACCUUGAUCGAUACUCUACAGGUGGGGACACGCUUUAGUCUUGCGCUCGACUACGCGCCGUUUGGAAGCAUGGACAACGUGAUGGCAGAAUGUAAAAACUUUCUCAGUCUUGUGGAAAGGAACAGUGUUUACAGACAGAUCAUCGAAGCAGUUAGCUGGAUCCACUCCCAGAAUUGGGCCCAUCUCAACAUCCAUGGUGGCAGCAUUUUGGUGUUUGACAAAUGGUCCAUGGUGAAACUAUCUGGUUUCUCCAGGGCCACGCGGCUGGUUGGCGGAGAUGUAUGUUCGACCUUUGACCUUCACAGUGCCUGCUGUUCCCCAGAGGUUCUGAAGAAACAGCCAUAUAACGCCGUGAAAGCCGAUGUCUGGGCUCUGCGAAAUUUAUUUCUCUUUAUCGCCACUGGCCAACGAAUGUUGGCAGGACAAGAAGCCACAAAGGCCAUCAUCAUAGAUAUAUCCGUAAGAGACUGGGGUGACAAUCUUUCUGAGAACAGCCUCAACUUGCUCAAGGCUUUGUCCGAGGUUAGCUCAGUGGGCCGAUGUAAAAAGUAAUACUACUUCAUGUCCAUGGACUUCAUUGUUAUGGUUGACCUCUACAAUUUCCAGCAUGGGACAUAAUAAUACACAGACUUCUAGUACGUUUACCGGAAUCAAAAGGAACCUAUUAAAAACAAUCCCUCUAAAUAAUUCCAAAAAUUUAUUCGCGAACUGAAAAGGAUGACAGCAACUUUAUGACACAUUGUCAGUUGUAUAUAUUGUAACUUCAUGUAUAAAAAUACAUAUUAAUA